AUGAACUCUCUGCUGCCAUGGAAGCUGAGACCUGGGAAGUCUGACAGCCCCCUGUGGGUCAAGAUUCAACACUUCUUCACCAUGGAUAUCUGUACCAAGCAGCAACCUAUGGGUCUGAAAAGUGAAGCCAAUGUACUAGUAAGUGCCGAGGAAAGGGGAGUGGAGAUCCUGGGAAUCCAAGAGCAUAGAAGAGUGCAUACUGAGGAUCAGAUCGUGUAUCACAGAGUGGAGAAAUGUUGGUUCAUCACCUCAUCAGCGUGGCAAAACGAGGCACAAGCUGCCACUGGCGGAGCGGGGUUACUGCUGAGUUCUCGGGCGUGUAAGGCUCUCCUUAGGGUACACUAUCACACCAACAGGAUCCUUAGUGCUGACUUUGAUGGCAACCCAGUCACAACUGUCAUAGUCGUGUACUCAUCCACCAAUGUGGCACAAGCUGAGGAGGUGGAGAAGUUCUAUGAGGACCUUGCAACAGCGGUCCGUGAUAUCCCGGCUCACAACUUCCUUGCAAUCCUGGGUGACUUCAAUGCAAGGCUCGGACCGGAGGACGCACCUCUCACGUACCACAACUCCACUAACCGCAAUGGUGAACAUCUUGCAGCCUUUCUUAUGGAGCACGAGCUACUAGCUGCGAACACCAUGUUCCAGAAAAGAAUGGGUAAGAGAUCGGGCUACCGGUAUGCUACCGGUAUGCAACGUCAACUGGACUACAUACUAGUAAGGCGAAGGUGGAGGAACUCCAUCUUGAACGCUGAACCUUACAGCACGUUCAACUCUGUGGGCUCUGAUCAUAGAGUGGUCUCCAUGAGGGUGAGACUGAGUCUCAGGGUCCCCAAACCAAGCCUGAAGACCUGGUAUGACUGGAAGGCGAGGAAUGGAGUAUCCCAGAGGUCCAGGCAUCCGGAGAUCAUGGUGGCGCGUGAGGGAGUGGAGGAAGCACACCGAGGCUUUGGGCACGAGCCGACUGCAGAGAAUCGCAUGGUAUUGAAUAUGGCCAAACAGCUUCUUUUCGAUACCUACGAUAAGAUCAGGGGGGAGUAG